CAAAUUAUUAUUAUUAAAUAUAAAAUUAAAAGUAAUUACAAUAUUUUUAGGAGAUAAAAAAUGGGUCAUAAGCAUAACAAAAAAGGUAAAUUUAAUAAAAAAGGAGGAAAGAAAUAGAAAAAUGGAGGUGGAUCAAAUAUUGGUCACGGCAAUUUCGAUGAUUUAAUGAAAGGCUUUAUUAUUAUGACCGACUAAGAUAGAGAAAAAAACGCUGUUAGUGAUGCAAAUAAUUUCCUCAUACCUUUAAUAGAAGAGCUCUAUCCAGCUUUAUAGGAUAUAGGCUAAAAAAUUAAUAGUCAGGUAGACACAGUUUAAAAAAAAAUUAAAACAGAUGAUCAUCAAGAAUAAAAAUAGUAAGAAAAUGAGCAAGAAAGUGAAUAAAAAUGUGAUUCAUAAUAAGAAAAUUAAAUUGAUGAGAAAUAAGAAUAGGAAGAAGAGCAAAAACCUGUUGAAAAUGAAAAUGAAAAUGAAAUUGAUUAAUAGGAAGAGCAAGAGUAAAAUAAUGAAGAAGAGAGUGAAAGUGAAGAAUAAGAAUAAAAACAAGAUGAUAAUCAAACUUAAGAAAAGCCAAAUGAAUAAACUACAAUCUAAACUGCAAAUGAUAAAUUAGAUUAAGAACUUAAUGCUUUAAAAUAAUAGAAAGAUAAACUCCUUUAUAAUGUUAAUACAGACGUUAGAUGCACAGUAUUCUUGAAAGUGAACUCAAAGCUCAUGAAUGAUAUAGAUGUAACACAUGUAGUAGAAAAUAUCAUGCAUAAAGUUCAUUAAGAAAAAACAACACUUACCAGAUUCUGCCACAGAAUGUAUCCAGCUGAAUAUGCAUUCAGAGCUGAUACUGAAAAUUUAAAGAAAUAUAUGGAGUAGUUAAUUAAAGAGAGGAUCUAGACUGAAGCUCCUUCAUCUUGGAUGCUUGAGUGUAAAGUUAGAAACAACAGCAAAUUCAAUAGAAAAAAUGUACUUGAUAUAGUGAAUGGAUUAAUGCCUAAAAUUCAUUUUGUUGAUUACAAAGUUCCCUUUUAUACUAUUAUAGUAGACAUUUGCCAUAAUCUGAUGUGUUUGAGUAUUCUUAAAAAUUACUAUGACUACAAGAAGUACAGUGUAAAAGUAAAUCCAUAGCUAAAUAAUUAAAAGGAUUAUAGCCACUUGAAUCAAAACAAGUAGCCACCCAAAUAAAUUAUUCCAGUUACAGAAGAACAAUUAAAAGAAAUAGAAUAAAAGUAAGAAGAAUAAAAGGCUUAACUGAGAGCAGAAGUUAUAAAAAAUGAUGAUGACGACAUUGAUCUUAUUUGA